AUGUUCCUCUUGAAGCCGCCAGCCUCGUCUCUAGUCGCGGCAUUGGAUCCUCCUCAGCGACGCGUGCACCUCCAAGCCUCCGAGUGGAAGUACGUCGCAGAAGGAGGCGCCAACGUGUUGUUCCGUCAUCGACCAACCAGCAAAUCGUCGGCGUCUCGUGCUAUUGCAAAGGAGUUUAAGGGCAAGUUACUGCGUGUGAAGAAGUGUGACGUGGUGCAGCCAAAAAGUAACCCCCACAAGAGUAACCCUCACAAGAGUAACCAGCUACCCGACCUCGAUGCAAAGACAAGAGCAGUUGCAUGCCAUAGUGAAAAGCCUUAUGUACCCCAUUACCCCCACCCCCGACAGGUGCUGGACUAUGCAACCCACGAGAUUAUGCCGUUCCUGAAGCAGCAACUGCAGAGUCGCGACCCAAGCCGCGUGGCCUCAACUUCUAGAGCCAAUUCGUACCUUCAGGUGGCCGAGCUCGUGACGGUCGACCGCAGUUUCUUACAGGCACUAAACGUCCAAUUGCUAGCUCUGGAGCAUCGACCGGCGCAUCGACGACAGAGUCAAGUGGACGUCUCGCUGGAGUGUGUGAUGGUGCUCCCGGACGUGACGUUGCCCCCGCCUCAUGACGAUUCGAUGCCUCAUAUCUUCCAAUCUACGAGGAGUUUAAUUGAAGCUGAAGCACGUGGUGCAGGUGGACAGGAAGAGUAUCAAGUGUCGGACGAAGAGGAACAGUGGGAAUUCAUGUCGGAUCAGGAGAUUGAAGACGAAGAAUGCUCGAAUGUGGAGGAAGAUGAGGUGAGGAGGAAUCGAGCGAAGGAAGGUGGUUGCAGCAGCACAUGUAGGAGCAGCAGGUUGGACCAAGAAGAUCAUGACGGGACAGAAGUGGUGCAAACCGGGAUGCUGACCUCUGCAUCGAACGACGUCGGCAGUCUGGAGUGCGGGAGUGGGCCACGGUCUCUCAAUAGUGCCCACGGCACAUCAUUUCGUGCUGGAAACGUCUUUGAUUGCUGCUUUCGCAACAUUUGCGUCGAGCUGAAGCCCAAGAUUGGGUUCAAACCGAAAUGUCAACUGGUGGGUUCAAUGAAGACACGUGUGUGUCGCUUUUGCAUGCACCAGUACUACAAGAAGCGCGCUGGGAAAGUGGAAGAGAUCAGCCGGUAUUGCCCCUUGGAUUUAUUCUCGAAGGAUUCGAGCAGGAAGCGACGAGCGUUGCGAGCGUUGCAACGGACCCCUCAGAAUAACUUUAAGGUGUUUGUGCGCUCAGCGGAAGAUGAGGUGGUGAAUGUCAUCACAGGGUUGAAUGCUGAUGCGCUCCCUAAAGGUGCAGCGCAGUCGCGGUACUCAUUUUGUCAACGAAAGCAAAUGGGUUUCCGCCACUCUUGCCAGUCCAUCGGCGCUGAGUACGACGUGGCUUUCGAUGAAGCGUUGGACCAUGAGCGUGAUCACGCGCAACUGAUGCCUGAAGUGGUCGAGCUGAUCACACAGGUUUUGCAGGACCUGGCCAUAUUAGACGAUCUCAAGCAGAUGCAAUUGCUUGACCACAUUUCAGUAGAUGGUGUGUGGAAUCUCCAGCUAUUGCUGCGGAGACUUGACGAGGAGAAUAAACGUGAGCAAGCGACUUCGUCCGAGGAUGCAACAUUAGGUCAACUGGUAGCUGCAAUACGACAUCGACGUGAUUCUUCUACUGACGAGGAUGUUGAUCAGGAAGGAAGCCUUGCACGUGGGUUGGCGUUUCUGCGUGUUGCACUCAAACGUGUACCCGAGCUGGGUGUGCUAGAAAAUGUGACGUCAUGGGAGACAUUGCGUCUUGAGCAGUAUCGUGAUUUGUACACGGAGCUGGAGAAGCGGUUCCAGGUCGCCACGACAUUAAAGGACUGCUCGCUACUUUUGUGCUUGCGGCGGUCACCAGGUGACGAUGUAGACCGAGCCGAUGACUCUCCAGCGGAAAAGUCACGUUUGCCCCGUUUCCAGCAUCUAAUGGAGUUUGAGCACCACGUGCGCUUUCGCAAUUUGGCAUUCGACUGCGUCGUGGCGAUCGUGGAUUUGGACGUCAAGUCGCACAAGUCGGUGGAGGACUAUUACCGACUAGACGAGAAGAUAGCGCUGAAUUUCCACUGCGAGUGUGGCGACAGUGGCGCGGUACCUGUGCUGUGUCGCGAAGACUGA